GAGAUAUGGACUGAAUUUCUGGAUAAGGACAGAGUUGAGUUUGAGGUGAUACAGUUAGUGAGUUCCUGGGUAAAAGAGUGCAAAGUGAUACACUGCAGUGAUGGAAAUAGACGACAUUCUCUACUCACUGAUUACAGUACUCAAUCAAUUGAAUCUCGAAUUCUUCACCGCUUGAAGCAGUACGAGCCAUCAAAACCACCCCCGUCUAUAGUACCUUUGAAAUCACCAGUACCUGCGAUAUCUGACGACUUACUGAAUAACAGUAAUAGAAUGGUAGCCACAUUGGAAAAUGAUAUCAGGUCAUUAGUUGAAUACGCAAGGAUAUUCAGUGUGAGAGAAGCCAAUCACAUCGCAAUAGAUUGUAAUUAUAUUGAGGUGUUGCCAGAUUUAUAUUACAAUAAACCAGUUGAAUUAAAUUUACAGGUACCGUGUAAGAGCGCUUACAAGUUGAGUCACAAGUGUUCGGGACCGGCUUUCUUGGUUCUCAGGUUUCGGGAAAUGACAAAGAAUUCUAUCACAGCCAGAAAAUUGGACGCCAACAGAGAGGAGUAUGAACAGGUAUUACAAGAAUCGAUGUCACCCCCACCGAUUGCUGUUUGCACAGCUGCUGUCCAUAUAGAAAAUGCUAUCACUGCCCUUAUAAAGUGCAUAAGAGAGAAACCAUUGGAAGAGAGAGAGAAACUGCCAGCUUUUGAAUCUGGUGCCAGAUUGUUUUAUCAGCUCAUAGCAGAAAGUGAUGACGAUAUCAGACAUUAUCCACCAACCAAACAGUUCUUUUCAUCUUGUUUAGAGAUAUUAGGACAGGAAUUCAUCUUAGAUACCGUCGACCAAUCACAACCAUUACUGUCAGCCAUGUUGGAUAAACCGGUUCUAGCUGGACUUCUUGCUCCAAACUUCAACCCAAACAAUUGCAUUGAGGAGUUUGUAGAUAUGUACAAACAAGUAACAAAGCUACCCCAUGAGAAAAGCGAUCUGGCAUUCAUGUUGUUAACAAAGUUUGAUGUAGCUAGGUGGUUGAAAGAAUACAAGCCUAUCCUGUCGCUACGGUCACAGCUGACUGAUAUCAUUGGACUAGCUCUCUGUCUGUGUGGCCAGGAACCUGAAUUACAAAUACAAAUGUUAUUUGAAAUGUACAGAAGUCACCUUAAGUUACUGUUAAUGAAUCAGUUUCCAGAUCACUAUGGUGAUGUGCUCAGACUGCUUCUAUUAGUAAUAUUGUACUGCCAUGUAUCUGAUGAGGAAUUCUUCUACUGCCUAGCAACAUUGCUAAUAAAGGAGACAAUUGAAUGGUUGACAAAUUAUUUCAAAAAACUACGAGUGUCCACGGCAGAGCUUGCCAGGUUUGGAUUAUAUUCAAAAUGGCGGCCGUAUAUCAAACCGCUGUCAAACUUUUUUGGGUUUUUAUCACAGACGUAUAUUGUAAAGGAGGCUGAGAGAGUGAUCUCAGUUGGAAUGGGCAUUGAACAAGAUGUUCUUCCGCACUAUAGCCAUGAUGCACUAAGUCUGUUCUGGCCUUACUAUGUCAAUGUGUUAUCUCACAAGGGUAUAGUAGAACACGUACUACGUGUAUGCCAUGCCAGGUUUGUGGCUUUACCCUGGAAUAGUUUCUAUCCAAGACUGGAUGCUGUGGAACUCAUGUUGAAGCUUCAAGAUGGAAGUCCUACAAGUUGUUUUAUCUUCCUGGGUAGUAUGUUUUCUCAGAUGAAUUGGGUUGAAAUCACUCAGCAUUACAUGAGGAACGUAUCGCCUGAUAUAGCGACCAAAUUACACGUCUGUUUGUUGCUUUUACUCAUCAUGUUUUCAAGAGAAAAGACGAUCAUUACGACUAACACGGCUAUGCAGGCAUUAAUCAAGAAAUCAGAAUCCUUCCAAUGGGCGUACAUAGACAGUUCGUCAUAUGAGAACGUCGUACAGUGGUUACUCAGUAAUACGGAUCCAGAUACGAUACUAUCACAAAGACGAUGUAUGGAAGAUAAAGGUCUGAGUUUACUAAGAGCAGCUGCUGGCUUUGCUCAGAAUGUUCCUGUGAAUCCAGACACUUCGGUUAAACGAUGUUCCUACAUACGCUGUGUGGUUCAGAUGAUUUGUAAAUGUUCUCAUCAAAAAGAAAUUAAAGUUGAAAGUUUUGCGACAGCAAUUGAUGACAUGAUGCAGGAUAUUGAAUCUGUGGCUUCAGUUGCCGUUGAUACUCAAGCAAUGACGUCAGAACUGAUUGAUUUGCUGACUGAAGUUCUCAAUCUUUUGAAUAACUGUGCAUCAGCUGGUAGAGGGAUAGAAGUGGUGGAAAGGUCGCUAGUGAGGUGGAUAGAACGCAGUCCUUGUAGUGUCUUAAUAUUACCGUUAAUAACAGCAGCAUGUAGAACAUUGGCUUCAUUAACGCAUAUGGUUCUUAUAGUGGAGACGUGUAUGGAUUCCUAUUUCAACUCAGGUAUGGAUCUGAGUCAGUUUGGUGGAUGGAGUCAUGUGACUGAUAAAUUACAAGUACCGGAGUUGACUCAUGAUGAAUUUUUGGAGGAAUGCAUGAAACAAGGCGCCUACCUCACGUUAUAUGCAUACAUCUUGCAACGAUUGCCAUUAUGUCAAAGUCUGAAUGAUGAAUUGAAUAUAUUGACAAAGAUUGUGGACUGGACUACUGCUGCUAAACCAUGUGACGUGAAUGAAGCGAAACUUUUACUGUGGUGGUCUAAAGCGAUUGAACUGUGUUUACGACAAGUAGAUUACGGUGCUCCGCAUCAGUACGUGAUACGUACGAUUAAUAAUCUGGCGCCAGCGUUGCAUGUCUUGGGAGAAGACAAAACAUCAGCUGGUUUAUUGGGAGCUAUCGGCUUAGGAAGACGAUCUAGCCUCUCUCUAAGGUAUGCUAAUUAG